GUCGUCGCGGCCGCCUGCCUCUCAGCCGUGGGCGUGGCUUCCGCGCCCCUCCGCUUCCAUUGGCUGGUGCGGACGCCUCCGUCCACCCUCGUCGGCCGGAAUUUUCGGCAGGGAAGAAGCGCGUCUUUUCACCGAAGAACGCUCGUCGGCGCGGGGAAAGGGCAUUAUGCUUCCAACGCUUCGCCACUUCUGCCAUGGCAGGCCUCCUGUGCCCAUAGCCAGCAUGGGCCCAGUUCGUAGAUACUUAUCCUGGGAAAACGAGCAGCGUUGCCGAGGGCAGCUUGAGGCGUCUACCAACCGACACAGACAAGAAGCUGCACCAGCAGCUGUUUUGGUGCCCUUGUGCUCUGUGGCUGGGGACCCAGCCAUCCUGUACACGCUGAGGUCCAGCACCAUGACUGGUGUGCACAAAGGAUCUGUCAGUUUCCCAGGUGGUAAGCGCGACAGCUCUGACCGGGAUCCCAUCGCCACGGCACUCAGGGAGACUCGGGAAGAGUUGGGCCUGCGGGUAGAGGAGGACUGCGUCUGGGGAAUCAUGAGGCCUAUACCUGAUAAGACAAAAAUGAUGGUUAUGCCUGUGCUAGCCAACUUGGGUCCUCUGGAGCACCUGACUCUGAAGCCUAAUCCCCAAGAGGUUGAGGCCGUUUUCACACUGUCUUUUCGCCACUUGCUGCAAGAAGAGAACCAGGGCUACACUAACUUCUGCCAUAGGGGUUCCUACAGCUACACACUUCCUGUCUUCCUGAACGGUCCUCACCGUGUAUGGGGUCUCACAGCCAUUUUCACUGAAUUAACUCUGGAAUUGCUGGUGCCAGGGGCAUACCGCAGACGGACUCAUGUGCUGGGCAGACGCUGACCUUGGCUACCAAACUCUGCUCCCCUUUUCUAUGUUUGCCAAAGGACUUUGAUGCAGGUGGUGCUAAUCCCUUUCCUAAGUCACCAGAAUAUUUUCAAAAUGCAAGUCUGUCCACUUGUUUGGCACACAGAAAUUGGCUUGUCGUCCUGCUCCUGGUGCAAUUGCAUUUCAUCGUUAGUGGUCGGGGAACGAAUCGCCUAGCCACUUCUGCUAACAGCUGCUGCCCGACUUGUUUAUGAAUAGAACUUGAAUAAACAGACACACUGGGAACUCAGUGCAGGUAUUUGUGAAUGUGUUGAAGACAGAACACAGCAGUAGGCAGUCAAAAGAGAUGUUGCUACUGGACAGUAGCUCAGCUCCCUUCAGUAGCACUUUGUUGACAGGUCGAGUUAAACAAGGAUUUGCCAAGGAUCUUAGGUGUCCAUGUAAUGGCUCAGAACUGUGAACAAAUGUUGAUCCCUACCUUGUUGUUUAUGGUACCCAGGAUGCUUGACUGAAGGAUGCCCUUUUACUAUUUUUCCACUUUUUUCUAGUACUUGCCUUCACAACCUAUUUUUCCCACCUCAUGCAUAUGGGAAUUUGUUUGAUAUUCAAGCAAAUAAUCUCCAUACCCUUUCAGCCACGUCCAUUUAACGUGGAAGUUGACAUUAGGUCGUCCAUGUGGAUUGAACAAGAAUUUCUUGAACUAUGUGUACUUCAGAAUCAAACUGUUUUGUGACUCGCUAAUAUACACAGGAAUAUUUAAACACCUGUUCCAUUUU